GUCCCAAACACUACUAGGAUUUCACUCUUCCUGGGAUGUACAAGAGAGCGGUAGUUGGUGGAAUACUGGCCAACCACAAGGAACUGGAUUAACCUAAAAGAAUCCUCCUAGGAACCUUUGUUUGCCCUUUUGAUAAAAUCUGAUUAAAUUUUGCUUUAGAAACAGGGAUUCUUUGGUCUCAGAUCGCAGUGAUGCCUACCUCUGGAAAACCUGCUCCAACCAACAAAAGGAAGAAGCCUUCUAAAAUCAUCACAGACUUCUCAAACAUCUCACAACAUGACCAGGAAGAUGAAGAGGCUGAUGCCACUGAACUGAACCUGGGGACCAAAAUCAAGACCCCUAAAGAUGUGAUGUUGGAGGAGCUGACCCUCAUGAAGAACAAGGGCUCCAAAAUGUUUAAGAUGAGACAGCAAAGGGUGGAGAAAUUCAUCGUCAGUGAUGAAAACUUGCAAAACCUCCAGAACCUGACUCCCUCCCUGGGCUGUGAGAUGACACCUCCACUUGCUCCAUCUCCCAAACCAGGGCCACCUCUAGAGGAAGUAAAUACUGAGGCAGAGAAGGAAAAGAGAAGGCUUGAGUAUGUUAAAACAUAUGUAUCACCAUGGGAACGCGCUAUGAAAGAUGAUGAGGCACUUAAAGAAACCUUGAAGUUGAAAAUGCCAGGGCCUCAGGUUUACAAGGAACUUCCUAAGUACAAGAGUUUUAACAGAAUGGCUUUACCCUUUGGAGGAUUUGACAAGGUCUCUCGCCUUAUGACCUUUGAGCCCCCAGAGGUCAAAGUGACAGCUGAAGAGUCGCAGCCAGUGUCUGUGUUGCAGUACAACCUUUGCUGUCGACCUUCUUUCAACCGCACUCCAAUCGGCUGGACAUGCAGUGAGGAGCCCAGCCACAUCCACAUGGAGCUGGACAACAUCCCCUUUGACGGCGAGACUGAUGACCUCUGAGAAACCUGCACAUCUUAUGCUGAACAAACAUGCAAAGACCAGGAAAGUCUGACCUUAUGCACUAACACCUACCUGUAUACCUGGCAGAGAAAGAACUAUGACUUAUUAGUGUUUAUUUGCAUGAGAAUGGAAUAACUUACAGCCAUUUGCCUUUUCCUUCUGUUGUUUUUUGUGUGGCAGUACAAUAAACUUUUAUCCUUA